AUGAUGAAGGCAAUGGCCGGGCCGAAGCUGCUCGUCGUCCACACGCCGUCGAACAAGGCCCUGAACGGGAUGGUGCCCACGUCGCCGGCGUCGCCCAUGCCGUUCCUCGGCUGGUCCCGGUGCCUGUGGCUUGUGGUCUUCCUGGCCUUGUUCACCUGCGUGUCCCUCCUGACCGUGUUCUCCACGGCGCGCGCCUCGGCGGGGGAGGCGUACCAGGCGGCGCCCUUCACGGUCAGCGGCGGCGCCGGCGCCGCGGAGGCUGGCCUGCCGCGGUACGUGUUCGACGCGCUGGUGCAUUACGCGGCGGCGGCGGGGAACUCAUCGUCGAGCAUGCCGGAGCCGGACGUGCGCGCGAUCGCGUCGGUGCUCCGGCGGCGCGCGCCGUGCAACCUGCUGGUGUUCGGGCUGGGCGCGGAGACGCCGCUGUGGCGCGCGCUGAACCACGGCGGGCGCACGGUGUUCCUGGACGAGAACCCCUACUACGUGGCGCACCUGGAGGGGAAGCACCCGGGGCUGGAGGCCUACGACGUGGCCUACGCCACAGCGGUGCGCGAGCUCCCCGACCUCCUCGACGCCGCCCGCGCCGCGCUCGCGCCGCCGAGUGCCGCCCCGUCCAGAACCUGCUCUUCUCCGAGUGCCGACUCGCCAUCAACGACCUCCCCAACCAGCUCUACGACGUCGCCUGGGACGUCAUCCUCGUCGACGGCCCUCGAGGGUACGUUCACGGAGGGGUCGCCGGGGAGGAUGUCGGCGGUCUACUCGGCGGCGGUGAUGGCGUGGACCAAGGGCACGGAGACGGAGGUGAUGGUGCACGACUACGAGCGGGAGGUCGAGCGCGCGUGCGGCCGGGAGUUCCUGUGCGACGAGAACCGGGUCACGGCGACCAGCACGCCGUCGCUCGGGCACUUCCUCCUGCGCGGCGGCGCCGCCGUCAACCGGGAAGCCUUCUGCGGGCCGCCCGCCGCUCAGAAAUCGAAAUCGAACUAA